AUGGUCGGCGCCGGAACCAACACCACCAUGGAAGCCCGGAAGCUGCGGGUGGUGCUCUACCCGUCGCCGGGCAUGGGGCAUCUGGUCUCCAUGAUCGAGCUCGGCAAGCACUUAGCCGCCCGUGCACUGACCGUCACGGUCGCCCUCAUCGAUUCCCCGCAUGACACCAGCGCCACGGGUCCCUUCCUCGCCGGCGUCUCCGCGGCCAACCCCUCCAUCUCUUUCCACCGUCUGCCACAGGUCGAGCUCCUCUGGUCUGAGCCGCCCGUGAUGCUGACCUUCGAGGUCGUUCGCCUCUCCAACACGCACCUCCAUGACUUUCUCGCCGGCGACUCCCCAGCCGUCAUCGUGCUGGACUUCUUCUGCAGUGCCGCUAUCGGCGUGGCCGAGGAGCUCGGCAUCCCCGCGUACUUCUUCUGCGCCUCUGGGGCCCAGAUCCUGGCUUUCUUCUUGCACCUCCCGGUUCUGCACGGUAAAAGCACCAGGAGCUUCGGGGAAGAGGGCGAUCGUCACGACGUCAUCGAUGACAGUAUGCGCAAAGAAAAAAUAAACGUCAUCGAUGACAAAUGGAAUCAGACUUGUCGCCUCAGCUAA